AUGCCAUUACUCUUGUUUCCCUUUUACAGCAGUGAUCAUGGUCCAGUGGUUUUGGAUGUACCACCAACCUCACCUUUGUUUGGUUAUUUGGCACCUGGUGAUGUUAUUCAAUCAGUAGAUAAUGUACCCAUCAUAAAUGCUCACGAGUGGUUGAAGCUUAAUACUUUGACAUAUGAUAACCAGCUUAAAAAUAUAAAUAUUUCCCAGCACAUUGGAGACUUGGGUGUUGUCAAUAAUACGAAGGGUUACUGUGUCUCUAGUCUAGUGAUGGAAGCAGGCAAAAUGAGUGAAAUGCUGGAAAGUCAACAUGUUUGUCCCAGUGAACGUACUGCCUUCGUAAAACUUUCAUGCUCUGACAAUAUUACACUGGAUGAUGGCCAGAAUGAAACCAAACUAUCAAAUGGGAGAUGGAAUAUAUACUGCUUAAACGCCAAAGAUGUUGUCAAACUUGAUAAGUGCGGUAAUGGCUGGGGGCUAGCUACAUCAAAAGGAAGUAGCUGUCUGUGCUCUCAGGAUGAGUUUUGUUUAGCUCCAGUUCAGGAGCCUGGAAUGGUAUGGGUCGAGAUCACAUAUUCAAGUCCUUCUCAUGAGUGUUUGCAUGAAGGAAACCAGUUACCAGUUUCCAAAACUUCUGGCCUUAAAGAAACUAAUUGUAGUGCUACUUUUAUUUUUGUUGGUGAUGUCAUCUCAAUGGCACAUUCAAUUCAUCUAACAUCAUAUCAGCCUCGCUGGGGACCAAAGAUCGUUGCAUAUUUUCCAAAUUUUCUGGAAAGGAUUUUAAUUUGGACAUUCCAUGUCUCUCUAGCUCUGGCUCUUCUCAAUGGUUUACCAGUGUAUUUUCUGGACGGUGAAUCUAUUUUAGAAGAAACUUUAUCUCACUUUACUUCUUUAAGUCCAAGGAAGAGGAAGAAGGUUCUUAGACUAUGUCUCCUUGGUGGGUUACUUGUUUCUAUUUUUGGCCUUUUCCGGUUACUCCUUUAG